AAUCAUGUGAUCUUAGCUCAGAGGUAUUGUAUAACUAGGUAAGAGUAUAUAAUGGUCGAUCUUGUUAGACUGGUUGCCUACCUUGUGCGACAAUCCAGUCUCAUCAAUUAUAUUGAUUACCAACUGAACAAAUUACAGCACUUCGAAGGCACCACAGGCAGUGUUGUAGCUGUUGCAUGUUCAGCUACCUUGUUGCUCUCGCGCUGUAGAGCCUUCCUUUGUUUUUUUUAAUUUUUCAAUAAAAUCUUUAACCUUUUUCUUCAAAAAAAACACAAUUAACCUUUCAAAACAGCUAGGAUGACAGAUUUGUGUGACUGAACUUUAAGCCGGCUGCAACAAGAUAAAAGUCCCAAUUAGAGCUUGUGUUAUUGUAUCCUAACUUCACAUUGUUCCCUACUGUCUUUUUUUAUACUUUCUUUUUAUCUAUUUGCCGAAUCGCUACUGUCGUUUUCCAUGAACAAGGUUGUAGUUCUUGUAGCUCUUGCUGCUUCACUUGGAAACCUGUUGCAAGGAUGGGGGAAUGCCACAAUUGCGGGAUCGCUUCUUUAUAUUAAGAAGGAAUUCAAUUUAGAAAACGAACCUAAGGUAGAGGGUUUGAUCGUAGUUAUGUCUCUUGUCGGAGCAGCAAUUAUUACAACAUGUUCUGGGUCGAUAGCAGAUAGCCUUGGCCGACGUUCAGUUCUCAUGCUCUCAUCAGUUCUUUAUUUUCUUAGUGGUUUAAUCAUGUUUUGGACUCCCAAUGUUUAUGUCCUCCUCUUGGCUAGACUUGUUAAUGGAUUCGCCAUUGGUCUGUCUGUGACUAUUGUUCCUGUUUAUAUAUCUGAAACGUCUCCUCCUGAAAUAAGGGGAUUACUAAACACUCUUCCACAGUUUACUGGCUCUGGUGGAUUGUUCUUGUCCUACUGUAUGGUCUUUGGUAUGUCAUUGAGGACUGCUCCAAGCUGGAGGUUGAUGCUUGGGGUUCUAUCUGUCCCUUCUCUCUUUUAUUUUGCAUUUACCGUGUUUUUCUUGCCUGAAUCUCCAAGUUGGCUUGUGAGUCAAGGGAAAACGCUCGAGGCUAAACAUGUUUUGCAGAAGUUACGCGGCAAGAAAGAUGUCUCAGGUGAGAUGGCUUUGCUGGUUGAAGGAAUUGGAUUCCGGGAAGAUGUUAAGUACAAUGUAGUUGUGUCUACUGAUUUCGGUGACAAUCACAAAGAUGCAACCGCAGCAGUGGCUAAGUCCGAUGACAAUUUGGAGAGCCCUUUGCUCUUGCCUCAUCAAAUAGUGCCUAUUACAUGUACAAUGGCUCGUCCAUAUGAAUCAGUUCUGAAAGGGCCAAGGCUGAGUGAGCUCUUAGAACCAGGAGUUAGGCAUGCUUUAAUAGUUGGGAUAGGGCUUCAAUUGUUCCAGCAGUUUUCCGGUAUAAAUGGUGUGCUCUACUAUACACCUCAGAUACUAGAGCAGUCAGGUGUUGCAGUUCUACUUUCCAACAUGGGCAUUGGCUCUGAUUCCACAUCUCUUCUUGUUAGUGGCAUCACAACCUUGUUGAUGCUUCCUUGCAUAGCCGUCACCAUGAGGCUCAUGGAUAUUUCAGGCAGAAGGGUUUUAUUGCUAAAUACAAUCCUUGUUAUGACCAUGGCUCUUGUAAUUCUUAUCAUCGCCAACAUCAACAUGAAGAUAAAUUCUGUUAUUUGUGCUUUGCUAUCAACUGUGGGUGUUGUAGUUUACAUAUGUAGCUUUGUAAUGGGAUUUGGUCCAAUCCCAAACAUACUCUGCUCCGAGAUAUUUUCUACCAGAGUUCGUGGUCUUAGUAGCGCAAUAUGUUCCCUCGCAUAUUGGACCGGAGACAUCACCGUCACUUACACUUUCCCCGUGUUGCUGAAUUCCAUUGGUCUUGCUGGUGUAUUUAGUGUGUAUGCUGUUGUUUGUAUCAUAUCUUGGGUUUUUGUGUUUCUUAAAGUACCUGAAACUAAAGGUAUGCCCCUUGAGUUAAUAAGCCAACUGUUCAUAGUUAUGCAACAAAAAUAGUUGACAAGAACAACUGUACUGUAAAAUAGUUAUGAUAAGACAAUUCUUAGCACCAUAUAAGUUUGUGAUUAGUCCAAUGUGCGCAGUUCUUUUAUCUUCACAUUGUAAAUUCCUAGGGUGUAGUUUGUGUUGCAUGCCACAUGCAACACCGUCCAAGUCAUCCAGACAAGACAACGCUUAUCCGGCAUCUCCCAAAUUCUACUAAAAGUUUGACAUCUGCAUUCAUGCUUAA